GUAAAAUUUUACAAUAAAUAAUGACUGAAAUUACUGGCAAAAGGAUCACUUUCAAGAGAUCCCGUCCGAAUCCGUUAUUUGAAAGCUGGCUAGAAGAAUUACACGAAGAAGCCAGUAACAAAAAGAGUAAACUUGAACCAAUGCUCAAAGAAGCUCUUACUUCUUUAUCUAAAUAUCCUUUGCCUUUACUAACAGGAGCAGAGUGUGCUAUCCUAUCUGGCUUUGAUAAAAGGCUUUGCCAAUUUUUAGAUAGCCGACUAGAAGUUUAUAACAGUAACAAUCUAAAAAUACCUAAACCAGCUUCACCAAUUCAAGUAAAUGCUUCCCAAGACAGUUCUAGUAACAAUUCAAAUUUACAACAAACAAAUGGUGUACAAAACGGUAAUUCUAACCAAAAUAUGCUUAACAUUAAUGAAGCAACAGCAUCCACAUCUCAGAUCUCAUCUCAUCUCAGUUCUUGUAAUACAUCUUCACCACAAACACCGAAACCUCCAGAACACUCUGCUGGCAAAAGGGCUAGAAAAACUAAACAUUACAAGCCAGCCCAUAGAUCAGGUGGCUAUGCAAUUUUACUUGGAUUACUUGAAAAUUCUGAAUCUGGAAAUCCAGUAAAUAAAGAGAAUUUAAUUGAAAUCGCUCAAAAGUAUUGUGAAGAGUCAUUUGUGAGGCCAAAACCAGAAUCUCUCUAUACAGCUUGGUCAAGUAUGAGUAAAUUAGUUACUAAGGGUCUGGUGGUAAAACAUGGAGCCAGGAAAGCAACUUAUACCUUGUCUGAACAGGGUUUGAAUCUUGCGAAAGAAUUGUUGGAGGAAUCAAAAAAUAUACCUACAAUUAAUAAUAUCAUUUUCAAUGAUAACCAUGUGAAAAACCAGGAGCCCAUUUUGACAAUAAAUAAUGGUCACCAAAAUCAUAUUGAUAUUGUAGACAAUGAAAUUCCAACUACAUCAGAACAGUGCCUUGUUGAUAAGAGUCCAAUUCUUGAGAUGCUUCCCGGCACAUUCGAUGUUGUACUUAUAAUUGAUAUACAUGAAACUAAUGGUUUAUCUAAGAAAACUGAUCCAACUGUGGCACAGUUCAAUAAAUAUCCAGAUCUCAAGCACGAAUACAGAAGUUUAAAAGUGGGAGACUUUACAUGGAUAGCAAGGGACAAGGUAAAUAGUAGCAAGGAAUUCAUCCUUCCGUAUAUAGUUGAACGUAAAAGAAUGGACGACCUCGGUGCUAGCAUCAAAGAUGGAAGGUUCCAUGAACAAAAAUUUAGAUUAAAGAAAAGUGGAUUAAAGAAUAUAAUAUACUUAGUUGAGAAUUACGGUAGCAAUAAGCAUAUUGGCUUACCUGUCCAAACUCUUAUGCAAGCAUUAGCAAAUACUAGAGUCCAGAAUGGCUUCAAAGUGCAUAUAACUGAUUCACUCACAAACUCUGCUAGAUUCCUUGCUAUGAUGACAAAAAGACUGACUAUUGAAUAUAAGGAUAAAACUUUAAAAGGGCAUAAUCAGGAGCCUAGUGGUGACAUUCUGCCGACAUUUGCGUUCUUCAACAAGGCUGCUUUGAAGAAUAAACCACUAUCAGUGACUGAUACUUUUAUAAAACUGCUGUUGCAAAUGAAAGGUGUUUCCGUGGAAAAGGCAUUAGCUAUAACUAAAGUUUACAAAACACCAAGUUCUCUGUUCAAAGCUUAUGAAGGCUGUGAUGAUGAUCGGGAAGGAGAAUUAUUAUUAGCUAAUUUAAAAUAUAAAAAUGUAUCCAGCAAUGUUGGACCAAAAGUUAGCAAGUCAAUUUACCAGUUGUUCACAUUUGACAAUUAUAUUUAAAAGUUGAAAAUGGUUACCCUUAAAUAUUGUAUUUUAAU